AUGGAUGUGAAGCGCGUGAAGGAUUCUAUCUACUGGCUGUACUACCAGUACCUGCUCAUCACCUGCAGCUACACGCUGGAGCCCUGGGAGCAAUCCGUGUUCCACACCAUCACCGUGACUGUUUUCGCUAUGGUGGUCUAUGCGGCUUACGUCUUCGUCCCCAUCCACGUCCGCCUGGCCUUUGAGUUCUUCUCCCAGAUCUUUGGAGGCCAGCCCGAAAGCACAGUUUCCAUCAUGAACUGA